UCCACGCUGUGGGUCAAGCAAGUGCAGGCGGGAGCAAAGAUGAGUUUUUAGCGCUGGAAUUCUGCGGCGAGGCGCUCUAUGUAGCCAAGUAUAACAUUCACAGCCCGCACAAUGAGGAAAGCAACAGAAAAUCAAGGGAACACGCGAAAACUUGCUGAUUACAAGAAGAAUACAAUCUCCAAGAAAAAUAAAGUGAAGGACUUUGGAGGUCAGCAGUGCUCCCUACAUUUCACAUCUUCUCACCAGGAGAUUCCAAUGAAGCUCUCUCAGGUACCGAACCAGCUGUCUCCUCCACCGUCCAGGAAAAUAUUAUCACACUCAAGACCUGAACUGUGCUGCAAAGAAAAACCAGGCGUACAACGGCACCCUACUCAUUUUUCAGGGCAGGUUCCACCUAAAGGAUGUAUCCCCAGCAGCCCGACUGGUUCCCCUGUUAAUAGACUUCAUUCAAAGCCAAAGGACAGACUGAGUUCUUCAAAUCACUCAAUUCAACCCCCAGGACUUACUUUAAGUGGACCAAACCAUAUUUUGAACUCAUCAAACAAGCCCCAUGCAAUGUCAAGGGACAGAGUGGGACCACCGCACGACAGGGAGCAAACUGUGCCGGGGCUUGUUCCAGUUACACCAGUCAAUGGUGACAGUCCUUCCGUGCUACAGCCCUCAAAUCCAGGUUCCCCCCACCCUGCGUCCCCUCAGUUUGGGAGGAAAUCAAAGAAUGACUCACCGUCCUCUCGCAUCCAUGUGGAUCAGGUGCCUGAAUCCAAGGCUGCUUUGUCGAACUCAGGAACCAAAAACAAAUCUGCACAAGGACACAACUCUGACAAGUGCCAACAAAGUGAACGCACAACUUCAAACCACAAUGUGACUCCAGUUGUAGAGAUUAAUGCUUCGUCCCACAAGAACGACUUGGAUUGCGCGACCAGCAAGAGCCUGCAUCUUGGAAGUCCAAAGUUUGGUGACUCACAAACUGCUAAACCCACUGCUGGGGACUCACAAGGGAAUUUUCUGGACUCUUCGCGCCUGGAACAGGCACUCAAAGCCAGAGGCGGCCAACUGCGGUCAGAUGCAUGUAAACGGUCAGCGUGCUCGGAUCCGACGUCCUUAACCAAACACAAACAGUCACACGGCACGUCGUCACCCAAACGCUGGGCACACACACCUCCAACGAUGGGUGCAAAACAAGCCUUAUUAGAUUCCACUGUAACGGGCGUACUGACGAUAAGGUCGCCUUCACUUCCAAAAUCCGGUGAAGACAGGCUGAAAAACAGGACUGGGGUCCACAGCAAAACUGAUAAAUCUCACUCUUCCCCUCAGCUUCCUAGGAAAGACAGUAGUUGUUCCACUCCCAGCCACCGCUCGAGUCAUUCUGCAAACACUACCUCAGCUUCAGCAGCUAAGCCCGUGAACAGAAGUCAUCAAAAUGUGGAGAGAAAAAAAUCAGACGGCAACAAUCUGAAGCCAGCCUCGAAACUAACUUCAGUUUCGUCCAAUGGGCCCUCAGUGGAAAAAUCUAAAGCUCCACGCGCACGCAAACAUCUGGUCUUGCCCGACGACACAGAGGAGCUAUUCACCCCCGAUCCCCACACUUACGUCGUCAACUUCCCGCGAAAGACUUCAAAGUUGAAGACUGUGGAAGUGGCAGACAAGACGCCCACUUCCAACGCCACACCGAGCUCCAGCACCCCGGCGCCCGUAUCGUCAUGCCACAAAACGCCAAGUGCCGCUCCAGCCCCCGUGUCUUCGCACAGCUCUCCGCACAGUUCAUCUCCAAAGCGAGUAAAGCUUGAUAAAAUUUCUCCCCCGUCCACCAAACUGGAUAACGGCCCCGUCCCUCGCUCUGGUGUGCAACUGAAGAAAAAGAGCGUUAAAGUUGACAGUAAAGCCAUUUUGCCCGUCUCCAACAGAGUGAGUUCUCACACGGCGGCAGACACCACUGCUUCUGAACCAAGUUCUGCCCCGAGCUCUCAGCAUCCGCAAGAGGAAACGCAGGCCAGCGAGAGGAGCAGAAAGCAUGUGAUUGAAGAGGACCCUGUCGCGAUGGACCUCGACCUGGACUUGAGCUUGGCUCUGGACUUCGAUGUGACGCAGAGCUCUCAAAGCAGCGAGGACGAGCAGCUGAUUUCCUUUAAGGAAAUAAUCGAGCGCGCCACCAAGCCUCCGGACACACCGGAAAAGGGAGCCUUUUCAGAGCCCAGUACGCCCGGACAUCACAGCUCACAAACAAAACAUAAUCUGUUGCCGACAACCACAAAGCCAGACAUCUACAGGAACAAUCUAGAUAACAUUUUGAAGGAAAUGCACACCAAUAAGCGGGCCAAAGAGAUGGAAAUGGAACAUCUCACUGCAUGUAAGGAGGACCUGUUGAGGAUAGCUGAAUAUGAGGAAGUGGAGGAAAAGCAAGAGGAGGGCAUCUCCUCUGAAGAACAGAGGUUCCUGCAGCGCUACUCGCUGACGUCCAGCACCAUCAGAGAAAUGCCCCCAGGAGAAGUGGUGUUCAACGUGGAGAAGGUUGGCCGGAUCUUUGACCAGGAUACGCUCCAGCUUCGGCAUUGCAUGGUCAAUCCACAGGGGACGGCACAAAAAACAAUGCUUUGGUCCAGCCCGGCCCAGCUGAGACUGUAUGUGGCCAUCGGAUUGUUCCAGGAGGGAUAUGACUAUCAGUCCCCUUGUCCAACUCCGGUGACACGGUUUCUGUUCAAGAUGAUGUCCAUCCACAGUGACCGACUGGCGUCUGACGGCAUGCUCCAGGCCCUGUUCGACAUUGCUAUGACUGCUGCUUAUGAGAGAGAGAAGAACGGCAGUCAUCAGUUCAGGGUGUGGGUGCCCAGUUUAGCCGACGUGACGCUCAUUCUGCUGAACAUGGGAGCUGCAUUUGUUACCCUCUACCCUUUUGAGAAUCUACAGCCUUUGUUCACAGAAGGAGACCUGUUGGAGGAUGUCUAUGUCAAAAGGGAGAGUUCCUUCAACGAGGAACAGAGUGUUUUUUCUGAUCACAACUACAACAAUGUAUUCAAGUAUUUGCAUUGCAGUUUGGGCCUGUGCCCUCGUGCGUACAGCGAUGAGGAGCUGCUGCUGCUGCUCACCGUGCUGAGCCGCAUCAGCCUGGACCCACAGCUCAUCCUCCUGUCCAGUUUGAAUCUGUACCCUCUUCACCGUCGAAUUGUCAGCAACUUCACGGACUGGGACAAGAUGCUUCCCAAGAUCUGUGUGGCCCUCACCGAUUUGACAGAUGAUCAUCACAACAUGUGCUAUCUAAUCCAUCUCCUGCCCAACAGCAAACGUGGAAGGCAACUGCGUCAGCAUCUAAGCAUGUCUAUGGUCUCCAAAUUGUUGGACGGAAACUGCACGUACAGACCCACACAAGCCGACUUUCAGCUCUCUGAGCUGAGGCCGUACGUUCUCCGCAUGCAACCCUCCUCCCUUCUCCGAGACUUGCUGAACUCCGGCAGCGGACACAGAGAUGAGGAGAACACCCUCGACCAACAAGCUUACUACCUGUGCUACAGUCUUCUGACUUUAGCAAACGAAGCAUCCAAUCUGCAGUUCUUCACAGCUCAGCAGAAGGAGCAACUCCUGUAUUUAUCGUUCGAGCUGGAGGCGCACGUCAAGUCUGACAUCAGAGAGAGUGAAAAAUGUCUUUACCGGAGCAAAGUGAAAGAUCUUGUGGCCAGAAUCUACACCAAGUGGCAGAUCCUCCUUCAGAAGACCAGGCCUCUCCAUAAUAAGCUGUAUGAUUACUGGCAGCCUGUGGAUACUUUGACGGAGGGCAGCCAAGAGGAGCAAGGCAACGAAGAGACUGCUGUAAUGGACGUCGACGAGACCGCUCCAACCGAACAGAGUCCCGAGGAGAUGCAAAAGGAAACAGUGGAGCCAGAAGAGGACAUGGAACUUGGUGAAGAGCUUGAUAAAACAGAACACGGUUCUACAACUGAUUCAUUCAGAACAGAAGAUUCAAGUGACCUAGCAUCAGACAGUUUUACCCUGGAAGCACCUGACACGGGGAAUGGAGCAGACAGCACGCCUCAGACCGUGGAGAUGUAAAGAGAAGCUGGUUGUGUUGCAUGAAGGACCAAUGGAGAACAAGUUCCAGCUGAUGGCACCAAGUCGUUUAGCCUCAGCGAUUCUAGGGGAGUGGUUUCCUUCACUGUAAUAUCCGAUGCUUUAUUUUUUUUUUUAGUUUUGCACUAUUUGUGUUCAUAACCAAACCUCCAUGUGAAAUUAUUAAAAGAGUCUGAAUCCUUGUUUACUCUUUGUUAAUAUUGCACUAGACAGGCUGUUGUUAUGAUGUGUAAGUUUUGCAUUGAAAGUUGUUCUUCCUCCUUAAAGUUUGUGUAGAUAUGGGUGCUUGUGUGUCAUAUCCACCAGUUUGGGGUUGUUUUUUGUUUGAAAACGUCAUCUUUAGGUAGUGUAACACUGCUACUGAUUAACUGCUGGCUCUCUUAUCGGAGAAAGUGUUAACUGUCACAUUAAUACGGUAACUCAAUUCAUAUUAAUUCUCUGUACAAUCUAAAAGGCAGCCAACACAACAUAUGCCACUUAAAGACUGAAGUGAAACAUUUUAAUACAGUUAAUUUGUUUGUAUAUCAGCACAUCGUUUUCCUUUUGCAAAAUGUUAAAAUAUGUCAGCACUGUAUUAUUAAUUCUAUAAUAUAUUGUUAUCUUUGAAGAUGCAUAUUCACUUAUUUUAUAGAAUUAUUGUAAUUAAACUGUUGCAUUGUACAUUUAGUUUUGUAUUUUUUUAUGACUCAAAAUAUUUUAUUAUUGGAGUUUCCACAUACAGGAAAUAAAGUAUUUGCAAA